AUGAGUGUAAGAGAAAAGACCCGAGCUGACUUCCUUUCCUGGUCAUUUCGUGCUUUCGACCCUCUGAGACGACUGUUUGACGUCUCCGGAAGGCUGGCCCGACCCGCCCGCGGGGGAGCUUUCCUCUACAACCAAGAUACAGAACACGGCAUAGAUGUGUCGCGGGCUUGGGAAGCAGCCCGCCAAUACGGUCGGCGAGUGCAAGCAGCUCUCGGCGCGUACCAGCGUCGUCUGGAGGACCUUGAGCAGCACAAAAGUUACCUGGUCGAGAGGAUCCGUCUCGACAGAAUUCUCAGGGCUAAGGAAGCGACGGCAAAAGCGGAGGCACUGAGCCGCGUUUUGAAGCAGCAGCAGGUCCGAGACCAGUGGCAAAAUGAGCGCAACGAGCAGCUGCGAAACCAAGCUUUGGAGGCGCUGCACUGGCCUCUCACUCUCGGGAGUCGCCACACAGAGAACGAGCGGCGACUCCAAGACCAACUUAAACUGCUUCGUCAAGAAAUUUUGCGCCACGCUAAAGCGCCCGGUGGAGUCGUGUUCCGACCUGGAAAGAACGAGUGCGCGCCGCUUCGGCAAACGGAAUCGUUAUCCCGCUGUGCGAGUGGUCUGUCAGUGGACAGCGCAGACAGAGUGCAAUCCGGCGUGCAGAACGCAUACGCCGGCCCGUCACCCCGCAAAGAUCCUGAUGACGGCGACAAUCAGGGGCUGCUUCUUAAGUCUCGCUCCUGCGAGAAAGUAGUUCAUUCCGCGCAAGGUCAUCAUGCGACAGGCUAUGACUUCCUCGCCCGCUCUCGAGGAGGAGUGAGACGACCCCUGGAAGGCUGUGCCGGGGAUCCAGGCGCCGGUUCCUCCUCCGGCUCCGCUUCCUCCAGCAGCCUUCCAAAACAAGCAGACAAAGCUCGCCGGUCUUCAGACUCUUUCUCGGGUCGCGGAGGGGCACUGCACGCGAAGGAGCCCGUCCGGCUUCAGCUGCUCGCGCUACAGUAUGAGGAGGAGGUCGCGCGUUUGAACAGACCCGAAAAAAGACUCUCCUUGCUGGCACAAACGGAGAACUCCCAACGCAUCCGACCCUUCCUCUCGCGCGCUGCGCCUCAAGGUGAAUGUGCUCGUAACCUCAUAUCACCCACAUCGUCAAGCGGAGCAGCCGGCAGUCAAGCCCUCCAGACUGAAGCAAGGAGAGAAAAAGCCUCGCCUGAGCUUUGCCUGGGCCAUAGAGGUCGUGAGGAUUCGCCAGCGCGGACAGAGCAACGUGCCGCGGCGAACGAGGGGCGCGCUGGAAAGGUGGAAUCCCGAGCUAAAGACGACGCGAGACUCGACAGCCAGAAUCUGGACGCAGCCUCCGCUCAGUCACCCCUGCCGCCGUUAGUAGGCCCCCGCGCCGCAGAUCUACCUCGCGAGACCGGAAGUCAUUCUACAUCUCCGAGAGAGGCGGAAGACUGCGAAGAAAGCCAGCAGGCUCGAGGACUUAGAUCAGGAGGAUGCAGCAAGCGGGAAGUCUCAGCUGCGUGCGCGGUGUCGGCGAGGCAUGCGGUUUGCGGAGGAACGACAUCGCCAACGCCCCGCGCGUCGCAAGGCAGGCAUGACGGCGAAGUAGACGCUGCCUCCAGACCAGGCGCGCCCUCUCCACAGGUGACCUCAGAUUCCGGAAGUGUUCAGAAACAGCGCGUGCUAGAAAAUGAGGAGAGGACAGAAUGCAGCGACACCCGCCAAGCCGCUCGGGCGCGGAGUAGCGAUCCCCUCCCGGUUGAGGGGAGCACGAAACUCGCAGCGGCAGACUCUCCGAAACGCAGGAUGACCAGUUCUCCAGAGGGCGUCACGCACGCGACAAAGAAAAAAGAAAAGUCGAUCGCGCCGGCGCCAUGGCAAAUCGCCGCGUCGCCAGCAGACUCGCUGCCUGGCGACUCGACCUUCUCUGCAAAACCCGACAAAACAAGCGAGUGGGAGAUACCUCCACAUUGCGGAAAAAAGAGCGAUACGUCGUUUUCGUCCGCCUCAGAGCGUGUCCGGUGGAGCCCUGGUGCCGAAGCCUCAAAGGAUGAAGUCCCGAGAAGUGAAGAAGACGAAAUCGAGCUUCUACUGCGAGGUCUCUGA